AUGAAACAAUUCAGUAUUCAAUCGUAUAUUUAUAUUAAGAAUAAUACAUCUUUUUUUGAUAUUAAAUUUUUUCCACAGAAAAACAGACAAAAUGAAGAUAUUUUUGCAAUUACAGGAAACAGAACAGUUGUCAUAGCAAAAACAGACGGAAAUCAGAUAUCUAUUUUAUCUACAUAUUAUGAUUUAAAUGAAAAAGAAAAUUUAUGUUGUUGCACAUGGUCUAUAGAAAAAAAUACAAACAAGCCUUUACUAUGCGUAGCAGGUGCAUCUGGCGUAAUCAAAGUAAUAGAUAUAUAUUCUGGCAAAAUAUUAAAGUCAUUAAAAGGACAUGGUGAUGAAAUUUUAGAUAUUAAGGUAUCUCCAGUAAAUUCAUCAGUCAUUGCAACUGCAUCUUUUGAUCACACUGUACGCAUAUGGUCACUCAUGGAAGAGAAUACUAUUCAACCUACAUUGGUAUUGUGUGGAGGAGAAGGAGGACAUGAAGAACGUGUUUUAACUAUUGCAUUUCACCAUUCAGCACAAUACAUAGUUUCUGGAGGAAUGGAUAACUCUGUAAGAAUGUGGGCAAUCCCCAAUUUUUCAGAAACAAAUACGUCAAAAAUAUCUUAUAAAAGUAAGGAUAAUAUGAUUUCUUUACCAUAUCCACAUUUUUCUACUACAGCAAUACAUACAAAUUACGUAGACUGUGUAGAAUUUUAUGGGGAUCUUAUUUUUUCCAAGUCAGCAGAAGAAGGCAGAAUUAUCCUUUGGAAAAUUCUCGGAUUUGAUAGCAAUAAAGAUCCGCCUCCUCUAGAAUACGCACCAACAGCUCAUGAGUGGUCAGAAACAAGAAGUUCGUUUGGAAAUGGACUUCAAAAGCUAUUACAAUUUAUGGUUUUGGAUUGCAAUCCAUGGUACAUGCGAUUUGCCAUAUGGAAUUCAUAUAUAGGAGGUCAUUUUCAAACAUUUUUAGCAAUUGGAAAUCUUAAAGCAAAAAUAUUUAUAUGGGACAUAUCAGAAAAUCUUAAAUACAAGGACGCUUAUACACUUAUUAAACCUCAUAUUAUAUUAGCUAUUCCCAAAAACUCUAUAACUGUUCGACAACUCUCAAUCAAUCAAGAUGGAACUUGUUUAAUAGCAGUCGGAAGCAUGGGGUUAAUUGCCUUAUUUAAAAUUCAGGAAUAA